AAGUCUGUUCUUUUUGGCUGAACUGAUUGCACUAGUUUACGGUUUAUUUCCUUUUUUUUACACUGAAAGAAGAAAGAUAUACUCUGAACUAGUGCAGCCAGUUUAGGUAAAAAGAAUAGAUUUUUUUAUUUCCGAAUCGAGCCAAAAUGGCCGUGAGAGUCGUAUGAAUAUAAAAAAGAGCCUUUUGCUUGAUCUUUGAGAGGGCAAAAUUAUAUGAUAUAUUUCUUGGAUCCACUUGGACCAGUCGAGUCGAACGUUCCUCUGAAUCUCGAGAAGUGAUCGCGAACCUGUAUUGUGAGUCAGAAUGACCGAAGAAGUACUACAAUCCGAAGGUGCUACGCAAAACGACAGCUGUUCUGUACAAAACGACACGCAACCUAAUUCCUCGGAUGUCGGAAAAGUCAAAGAUAACAAAAAAGAAAAAUGUCGUCCAAUGACAAAGGUGGUGAUCAGAAGACUGCCUCCAACAAUGACUCAGGAUCAAUUCUUAGAACAAGUUUCUCCACUGCCGGAACAUGAUUAUAUGUACUUCGCAAAGGCUGACAUGUCCCUUGGCCAAUUUGCUUUCUCUCGCGCUUAUAUCAAUUUUGUGGAGCAACAAGAUAUUUUUAUGUUUCGAGAGAAGUUUGACAAUUAUGUCUUCGUAGAUUCCAAAGGAAUAGAAUAUCCCGCAGUAGUGGAAUUUGCACCAUUUCAGAGAUUGCCAAAGAAACGUGUGGGCAAGAAGAAGGAUCUCAAAUGUGGCACCAUUGAGAGUGACCCAUAUUACAUAAAUUUUUUAGAAAAUUUAAAGAAUCAGGAGUUGGAUUCGAGUGUAGCCCAAUCAAAAACCGAGUAUUCUUAUCAACCACCAGAUAAUACAUUGAAGAAAGUAACAACAACUCCAUUGCUUGAAUAUUUGAAACUUCGUAAGCAAGAGAAACAACGUCUCAGGGAUGAAAAACGUGAAGAAAGGCGACGGAGGGAUAUGGAAAGACGAAGGACUAAAGAUGAUCCUGUUAUCUCUAAGGUUUUAAGGAAUCCGGAUUUAGAUAAAGAUUCAGGAAAAGAUGAUAAGGAGAAUAAGGAAGAAAGAGAUAAGCUCUCGCCGAAAGAGAUGAAAAAUAGAAACAAAAGAGAUGAAAAAAUAAGAGAGAAACCAAUGCGAGAUCGAGAAAUUAAGCCUGUCAUUAAGGGGUACAGAGAACGAGUUGAUGAUAGAAAUAAGGAAAGAGAGAUCAAGCCGCGACGAUACGAUGAAAAAAAACCUUAUGGGAGACACGAAAGAGAUGUGAGAGAAGAGAGAAGAAUCGAUCUCAGAGAUGACAGGAGGUACGAGAUGAAGGAAGAAUUUAGAGAAUCCAGAGAUCGAAAGAUGGAGGAGAGACGUGGAAAAAGUUACGAAAAAAUGAGACAAGAGAAAAAAAUUAGCAGAAACAAAAAGCAGAUUGCUGAGGCCAAUGAAGAAGAUAUGAAUUCAAAGAAAAUAAAAGAGGAACAUGAUAUUACACAAGAGAUGGAAAAUGAAAAUGACAAGGAACUUGGGUAUAAUGGAGAUGAUAUUAAAGAUAAUGAAUGUGAGCAACAUAAUACUCUCGAGGAUAGGCUAAUAGAUGCGAUACAAAAUAACCGGGAUAGUAUAGAAGAAGGAAAUGCAAUCAAUGCAGAUGUCAAUGAUGAGGAUGAUUCUGAGGAUAAAGAAUCAAAAAUUGUAAAAAGACGUAAUUCUCUCGAAAGUUGCGGCGAAGGUGGUGCAGGUGAUGGCAAUUGCUUACGACGUCACAAAUCAUUAGAUGGAGGAGGACAAAGUAACUUCCAAAAAAAUGAUAACGAGGAGAAAGAGAAAAACAAGAAAGAUCCACGAUUAGAACGUAGAAUACGGAAUAAGGCAAGAGUUUCUUUGAUAGCAGUUUAAAUCAAGCCUUGAUUUUCAAUGUAAUCUGAUAAAU